GAAACAUGAUGAUGAAAAAAAUGUAAUGUAAUAAUUAAAAGAAAAUGAGAGAAAAAUAUACAAUGAGGAAAAAAUAAAUAGAAAACCAGUCUACAUAUGAACAGCUCAACACCUUUUCAUCCUCCAAUAAAAUGACUCGUUCUUUUCUUUCAUUUCAAUAGGCAAGAGAGUAUUCCUUUCUCUGUCAACAAUCUCUCCCUCUUCCUCUUCUUCCUUAGUACUCUUCUCUUUCUCUUAUAUAAUCUCUGUUUUAAAGAGCUAAAAAUAUACAACCAUAAAACAAGGCAAAAAAUAAAAAAUAAAAGGGAAAAAAAUGGUGAUGAAGUUGCCUUGUCUGGGUUGUUCUUUGUUCUUGGUUUUGACUUUGGUUUCUGUUGUUGCUUCUGGGUCUGAAAAAAGGCUUCCUAUUCUGUCAUUUGAUGAAGGGUAUACUCAGUUGUUUGGAGAUGAUAAUCUAGUUAUCCAUAGAGAUGGUAAAGCUGUUCACUUGUCUUUGAAUGAGAGAACAGGGUCCGGAUUUGUAUCACAAGACCUUUACUUGCAUGGUUACUUCAGUGCUUCAAUAAAGUUACCUGCUGAUUACACUGCUGGAGUUGUGGUUGCAUUCUAUAUGUCAAACGGUGAUAUAUUUGAGAAGAAUCAUGAUGAAAUAGAUUUUGAGUUCUUGGGUAACAUCAGAGGCAAAGAUUGGAGGAUUCAGACCAAUGUUUAUGGCAAUGGAAGCACCAGUGUUGGCAGAGAAGAGAGAUACAAUCUUUGGUUCGAUCCUGCAGAUGAUUUUCAUCAGUACAGUAUUCUCUGGACUGAUUCUCAGAUCAUAUUUUAUGUAGACAAUAUUCCCAUUAGAGAGUUGAAGAGAACAGCUGCUAUGGGUGGAGACUUCCCCUCUAAACCAAUGUCUUUGUAUGCUACCAUAUGGGAUGGGUCCGAUUGGGCUACUAAUGGUGGCAAAUAUAGAGUCAAUUACAAAUAUGCUCCUUAUGUAGCCAAAUUCUCCGAUCUGAUCCUUCAUGGCUGCACGGUUGAUCCAAUCGAAUUUUCAUCAAAGAGGUGUGACAGCACCCAAAGUUUGGAACAACUUUCUACCAGUAUCACUCCUUCACAAAGAAGCAAGAUGGAUAACUUUAGGAGGAAGCAUAUGACAUACUCCUAUUGCUAUGACCAAACAAGAUACAAAGUUCCUCCUCCUGAGUGUGUGUUCAAUCCCCAAGAAGCCGAAAGACUGAAAAAGUUUGAUCCAGUCACAUUCGGAGGAGGCCAGCGCCAUCACGGGAAACGACACCACCGCAGCCGAGCAAGCCAGUCCAAGUCUGAUUCCAUCUAAAUAAAGAGACCUUGCUACAAUUAUUUUGUUGCAUUGUGUGCAUUAUUCCCUCUCCUUUCCAUUCAGUUUAAUAUAAUUGGGGGCUCAGUUUUGUGUAUAGAGAGAGAGGGGGGAGAGCACAGAUAUUUAUUGAGGGUGAUACACUUCUUAUAUGUUUCAUGAUGUCGGUAUGUGUAUAGUUCAUACGUUUUUUUAGAUUCCCAGUCCAUUUUUAUCAUUCAUAUUGUCUCUCUCUGACUUUUACAGAUUGAAUUUGGUGAUGAUUUCCUGUACUUCCCACAGACCCUCAUGUGUUCAAUAAAUACUUUAGAAUGUAUCGAGUUUAUACAGUUCUUAUAUAUGUAUGUAACUGCCAUCAAAGCAUCUCUGCUUCAUUUUCUGGUGAGGUCUUUUUCUGGUGGUUCAAAGAAUCAUCUGCAACACCCAAAAUUGUUGUAUUUAAUGUCCAAAAUUUGGGGUUAUCUGUAUGUCUGUUUGUAUGUUUAUAAUUUUAAAGUCAGACUGUCAUGUUCAGAGGACAUUUUGUCAAUGGGUAGUUGGUUGGAAUCCAAGGUCGGUUAUUUGUGACAAGUGGGGGAACUCACGUUUUGCAAAUGGCAGCACGUCUGGACCGUAAGUUUAAGGGUAAAACUGUGAUUCUGGGGCUGGAAAUUAAGGGAUCCUCAUUGUUUUAACUUUGAAGGGGAAGAUGGCAGUUGGGGUAUUAGUCUCAAGCAAGGAUUGUAUUUCACGCAUCUCUGGUACGAUGAGAUUGAGUUUGUUGUAU